UUCUUGAACCCAGAUCAUUCGAAGAUAAAGAGAUCAAUGAAUUGCAUGACAAAGAAGAAGUUGAAACCGAGAAUAUAAAGUUAAAACAGGAUUUAGAUGAAUUUAAAAAAAAAUUAGAGUCUAAGAAAAAUCAUAAAUUUCAGGAAAAAUGUAUCCUAAUAGCUCAAGUAUUACUUGGAGAAAAGCUGAUAAUUGAGUAUCGUCCUCUCUAUUUGAAUGGGUUGGAACUUGAUGCCUUCUUCCAAAAAUACCGAAUUGCAUUAGAAGUACAAGAGAAUCAGCAUCGGUUUCAUAGCACUAGCUGGUAUAAAGAUAUCAAAAAACUUGAGGAUAUUUAUGGUACGAUGAAAAGCCAAAAAUUGUCAUUCUGA